CCUGGGCGCGUUUUGCCCCAAAACGCCCAACUUUUCACUUGUCUUUCCCGAAGCGAGGAUUCCCAGCAAAGCGGCCCUCUCAACAGAUUAAACCCCGUUUAAACUAGGUUAAGGUUGGGUGGUUAUUGUUUUUUUUUGAAACGCAGCCGACGCGCAAUGGGAUGGGCCCAAGCCUCUCUCUACGUGUACGGGCAUUAAACCAGGAUAUCGUGGCUCUCCUCCCCACGCGCAGCUGCUGCUUCGCUUCCCUUCCCUCCCCAAAGCAGCGGCCAGGUGAGCCGAGUUGUCUCGUUUGCGCGGCGCGCCGAGCGCAGCCUCCCAGGCCCGCCCCGCGGGAGAUUUAAACGCGCCUUCGGGCGAAAGGGCCCAUCCUCCGGCCGCGAUGGCGACUUUGAUGGACGAGGCCAUGGAGAGCUACGCUUAUCCCGCGUACAACCCUUAUUCCUACCGCUACCAGCCGCCCAAGAGCAAAGGAGGGCAGGGCGCCUGGCGGCACCACCACUAUCACCAGCAGCAGCAGCAGCAGCAGCAACGCAGCACCAGCAGCGGUUACUUCUCCGGCUACAGCGAAGCGGUGGCGGCGGCCGCGGCGGCCGAAUACUUCGACAACUACCAGCGGGCGCAGCUGAAGGCCAUCCUCUCGCAGGUCAACCCCAACCUGACGCCCCGGCUGCGCAAGGCCAACACCAAGGAGGUGGGAGUCCAGGUCAACCCGCGGCAGGACGCCUCGGUCCAGUGCUCGCUCGGGCCGCGGCCGCUGUUCUUUCGCGCCCGGGCCCGCGGCGGAGGAGGAGGAGGAGGAGGAGGCGGCGUCGAGCAGGAACAAGGCUGCCCGGUUAGCGGCGGCGCCGCGCGGCACGUGCGCUUCCCCCGGACCAUCGCCGUCUACUCGCCGGUGGCUUCCCGACGCCUCACCACUUUCGUGCCAGAAGCCGAGCCGUCGACGCCGCUCGCCGCUCGGCCCCCGGGCCUCGAGGGGGAGAUUGGCGCCGCCGCCGCCGCCGCCUGGCGCAAAGCCGAAGAGAGCGACGCCGAGGCCCGGGAGGGGAAGAAGUCGGCCUCGGUCCCCGACGGGGCGGGAGGUUCGCCGUCGAAGCCCCAAGCCGGCAGCGCGGCCGUGAAGGAGAAGGAGAAGGAGGAGGUGGAAGAAGAGGAGAAGGAGGAAAAGGAGGAAAAGUGGAAAGGCGAAGGCGGGAAAGCCGCCACCCCGCAACUGGCUCGGGAGGAAGGCGGGCCGAACAAGGCCCGUAUGCGCUUCCAGUUCCUGGAGCAGAAGUAUGGCUAUUACCACUGCAAGGAUUGCAAUAUUCGAUGGGAGAGUGCCUACGUCUGGUGCGUACAAGGCACGAACAAGGUUUACUUUAGGCAGUUCUGCCGAACUUGCCAGAAGUCUUACAACCCGUACCGGGUGGAGAAUAUUACCUGCCAAGGGGCGCUGUUCAUCUCCAUUUCAAAGCCGAAGAGCCAGCGCUGUCCGAAGACGUCUCCGUGGUCAUGUGGCCGGCAUGACUCAACGCCAGAGGCGCACGGAACGCUGUUACCUUCCCACCAAAGAGCUGCAAGCAAACCAGAUGUUCCUGCCCCGUAAAACAGCGCCAUGUGGAUCCCAAGAGACCUCAUCGUCAAGAUCUUUGCGGAAGAUGUAAAGGCAAACGGCUUUCGUGCGAUACCACCUUUAGUUUCAAAUAUAUUAUUUAAGGGAAGGACACGGUCAAAUUGUGCCGAGCAGAAAUUUUUGCUUGGAAGUAGGAGGCUGCCAGGAGUGGGAAGCCGAAAUACAAAUCAGGAUGGAACCAAACUCUACCUCUUUUUGUUAUCAUUGCGUUAAGGAGCAGGGGAAUCUGCUCGUUGUAUUCUGACAAACUAAAUUUUAUUUUGGUAUGGCAGAAGCAGUCAGAGCAAGCUCAGUCUUCGUUGUGCUUAAGUGGGAAGGAAACGGUCUUCUUAAUUUCUUCACAGGAGAAGCUGCUCUAGACAGAGAAUGCACUGUGAGUCAACCUCAGGCUAAAUAUGCACCUGUUACGAUAAUGUUUCACAGUGACAAUGGCCAAGGCAGGCAAGCAAACCUUAUGGAAAAAGUAUUAAUUGUGAUAGCACACACUGUCGAAAGAACUCGAGUGGGAUGGAAAAAGCAAUUACAAAUUGCCAGAAUUCAGAAGUUGUACUGCAGCACUGUGUUGUCUUCCAGCUGAGUAAAAUGACGUUAAUUGUUUGGGUGCCAGGUUUCAUAGGCAUUAUUAUGGAUGUGGAUAGAUGGGAGCAUGAUCUCAGCAGCACACCUGUGAAACUUUUUUUUUUUUUUGUUGGUCAGUAAUAAUGCAUCAUCUGAAGUUUAGA